AUGAGCAAGGGCGAAAAACGGCCCGAUUCUACGACCGGAAUGAUUCACACCGAGCUGAUGGCUGCACAACUUCAGCUUGAUUGCGUAAGGGCCAAUGCCGGUGACCCGGCAGGAGUCACAUCAUUCCGCGUUGCAUUGAAAUCACUGCCGAGCAUGUGUAUUGUUGUAGUUAUGGGCACAAACAACGGCGUCUCUUCCAUUCAACCAUCUUCACUCACCAAAGAUUGA